AUGGGGCCCCCGGCAAUAGGGGAUCAUGGGGCCCCUGUGUCCUUGCCCAAACUCAAAAAAGCCUAUGAAAAAGAUACCAGGGGCAUCUCAUGGGGCCCCUUACUGACCCCGGACCCCGAGUUUCCAAAUAGUCAGUCCGCCCCUGGCCAUGAUAAGCAAAAUAUGAUACCCAUCUAAGGGCGGACUGACAACUCAUGGGGCCCCCGGGCAAUAGGGGAUCAUGGGGCCCCUGUGUCCUCUCCCACACCCAAAAAAAAAACUAUGAAAAAGCCAAUGAAAGGUAUACCAGGGGCAUCUCAUGGGGCCCCCUACUGACCCCGGGCCCUCGGGCAGUGCCUGAGUGCUCGAAUGGUCAAUCCGCCCCUG